AUGGUCAACGUUCAAUCGCUUAUCGCCGUCGCUACUUUGGCGGCCACCGCUGCCUCGGCUAACGUCCAAUGUAUCUUCAAGGGCAAAGUCCUCGCUGAAUCUGUCGACUCGGAAACCGGGGUCUGCCCUUGGCCCAUCCCUGACGAUUUGCCCGUCAACUUCAAGUACACUUCGCCCGAAGAAUACUUGGUCGACGCCUACUACUGGAAGGGUGAUGACAAGUACUGGAACGACAUCAGAAAUGAAGGUCGUAUCAUCAACCUCCCCAUGGCGCAAAUCGUCAACAAGAAGUUGACUGGUUUCUUCCACGUCCACAAGGAAAAGACCCCCGAUGCCAAUUCGACCUUGCUGUUGAGAAAGAGAUUGUUCAAGGAAGAGUACCUCAUCAAGAGAGACGAAAUCGACGACUUCAUCACCAACGAAGUCCAAACUGAAGACGGUGAAGAAGUUCCCGAUGACUCUAUUAACGACUUUGAAUUCCCUCCCGCUGUUGAAUCGUCGUCUUCUGAAGAACCCACUUCUACUGAUGCUUCCGACAAAGCUUCGGCCACUGGUUCCGACGAAGCUUCCGCUACUGGCUCUGACGAAGGUUCCGCUACCGGCUCUGCUGAAGCCACUGAAGGUUCUGCUACUGGCUCUGCUGAAGCCACCGAAUCUGGUGAAGGUUCUGCCACCGGCUCUGCCGAAGCCACUGAAGGUUCGGCCACUGGUUCCGCUGAAGCCACCAAAUCUGGUGAAGGUUCUGCCACCGGCUCUGCUGAAGCCACUGAAGGCUCGGAAGAACCUAUUGAAACCAUCACCACUACCCAGAUCCACACCAAGACCGAAACCAUCAUCAAGUGUGACGACAACAAGUGCCACACCACCACCCAAAAGCAGACCCAAGGCCCCGUCACCACCACCGACGAACAAGGUAAGACCAUCACCACUACCGAAUGGUGUGCUCAAGAAACCGUGAUCAUUGAAACUUACGACGAACAAUGCGGUUGCUCGAAGAAGGUGCCUGCCACUGAAGGUGUUGUUACCACCACCAUCUACAAGAGCCAAAAGCCCCAAGUUGUCGAAGUGAUCACCUGGUGCCCCGUGCCUUCGCAAGUCAUUGUCACUGAAACCGUGUGCUACAACAACAAGUGCCACCAAACCGAAGUCGUUGCUACUCCUACCAACACCAAGCAGGAAAACAACGCUCAAGUGACUGACUACCACCCCGUCGACCAAUUCGAACACCCCACCCAGGGUCAAAAAACCAUCACCGUCACUGUGUGCCACAACAACCAAUGCGAAACCUCGGUCGUUCCUUGUGAAACUCAAACCCAAGUUACCCAAUCCGGUAACCAAAUCAUCACUUUGACUUCGACCGUCCCCGUUUACGUCACCACCCUCAGCUCGGGUGAAAAGCCCCCUGCUGGCCACACCACCUACGUCGCCGCUAACCCUGCUCCCACUGGAGCUGCUCCUGCUCCCACUCAAGCCGCCCCUGCUCCUACCCACGGUGCUCCUGAAGCUGCACCUGAAGGCCAACACCCUCAAGUGAUCACCACCACUGUGUACUGCAACGGUGAAGCUUGUCAACCGGCCCCCACCAACGGCGCCCCCAUCCCUGAAGGUGCUCACCCUCAAGUGAUCACUACCACCGUCACCGCUGCCCCUGAACAACAACCUCAACCUCAAGGUGAAAAGCCUCAAAAGCAACCUCAACAACAAGGUGAACAAACUACUUUGGCUGGCGAAGAAAGACCUGCUCCUCUUACCACUAAAGGUCCUCAAGUGGAAGGCCCUGCUCCCGCCCCUGCUGCUCCUACUUCGUUGCAAUCGCAAACCGUUGAAUCUAAGCCCACUUCGCCCGUGAUCACUGGCUACGAAGGUGCUGCCUCCGGCUUGUCGGUUGCCAAGGGCUUGAUUGCUCUUGCUUGCGCUGCUCCUCUCUUCUUGUAA